CUGGCUCUCUGCUCUCCCGAACGCGGAAAUGAGGAGGCGGUUUGGAAGCGCUGACAGGACUGGGACGUGCUCUGGCGCGGCAUGGCGGCGCUCAGCGCCUACCGCUGCAUCGAGUGCAACGGGGAGGCGACGGAGCUGUACCGAGACUACCAGCGCGGGGUGCUCCGUAUCUCCAUCUGCAAAUCCUGCCAGAAACCUGUGGAUAAAUACAUUGAAUAUGAUCCUGUUAUCAUCUUGAUUAAUGCUAUUUUAUGUAAAGCACAAGCAUACAGGCACAUUCUUUUCAAUACAAAGAUAAAUAUUCAUGGGAAGCUUUGUGUAUUUUGUUUGCUCUGUGAAGCUUAUAUCAGGUGGUUGGAACUACAGGAUUCAAGCCAAAAUACAGAUCCCGAUGACUUAAUCAGAUAUGCCAAAGAAUGGGAUUUUUAUAGAAUGUUUGGCAUAGCUUCUUUAGAACAAACUUCGUUUUUCAUUGGCAUUUUUAUUACCUUGUGGUGGAUGACACCUGAGAUGCUGCAAAAAAAGUCUGACUUCAUUUUACUUCUCAAAGCACUGCUGUUGUCCACCUAUGGAAAUCUUCUGCUAAUUCCAGCUGUUAUUUGGGAACAUGACUACACACCUUUGUGCCUUGCAUUUAUAAAAAUGUUUGUCUUGAUAUCCAACUCUCAGGCAAUUAGAGUUACAUUGAACCUGAACCGAAUACUUCCUUGGUUUGCCAUCUUCUCUGGAUUAAUUCUGGAAAAUGGUGUGGUCUUCUUGUUCCAGAAAAUGGGAUGGGAUGUUUGAAAUAUCAGCCCAGAGAUGAAGAAAUACUAAGAACACUGUGAUAAUUUUCUAAGAUUGAUCUCUGCCAGCAGGCUCCAAAACCACUCUUUUCAUAGGGAUAAAGAAGGUGACAGAUAAAAAAAACUUCAGAAGUUUGGCUCUUCACUGUGCUGAACCAUAAAACUUCAACCUUAGGUUGUUUAUUUUCCCAUUAAAAAUAUGAAUGUGUCACUAUCCUAACAGUUUUAUAAAUCUGGCUGCUUAGCUGUGGCUGUAAGAAGAAAGGUACACUAAAAAAAAAAAAAACAGCACUGCUACCAAUCACUGCAUUUUGGCAGAAAAAGGAGGAUGAAUUGUUCCCUUAAGAGGAAGGGAUUCAAUGGAAAAAUGUAAAACCCAAAUUUUUAUUUCCACAAAACCUGAUUUUCAAAGAGAAAAGUGAACAUGUGCAAAUAGUUUAUUAGAGAAAAGGCAAGUAUUCCAGAGUAAAACUACAGUGGGAAAACCAAGAUGCAUUCUCUGGAAUGUUUAUGUAAUAAUCCAAAAUAAUAAAAUAGCUAGUUCUAGAGUAAUCUCUAGGAAUGAUAGGUUUAAACUGGCUUGAAAUUUUAUGUGAGCUCAUAAAUACUUGAAAUUUUAUGUGAUUUUAUAAAUGCUGCUGCUUUGUUCUGAAAGCUGACAAGAGAGUGAAAGGACUCUGUUCCCCGACAUGUGUGGUUGUUUAGGAUGCUGUUUCUUCUGCAUUUAAUGUUAAGUCACAUACCCCACAUCCAGUUCUCAUCUGGCUGCACAAUUUAGUGGAAGCAAAACCUGAAAUAUGAGGCCAUUCAGCAACAGACUAGUACUUUAAAAAACAAACGAAGAAGCAAACAAAAAUGUUGAUGCCUAAAUUAGUGAAGAAACGUGGAAGUUCUGCACCUUUUUCCUCAACAGGUAAAGAGAGAGCUAAAGGACCCACAAAGGAGCUGACAGAAUCAGUUUCUACAAGACAGUAAUGACACAAACCUACUUGUUUUGUGUAGACCAGUUUCCAUUUGUUCCAUCCAAUGUUUAACUCUCCUACUUCAGUUCUGGAAGGCUGUACUACCCACAGGGAUUACUUCCAUUCUUUGUUUUCCUCGGAUGCUGUCUCAUGUCUGUACUUUCCAGAAGGAAUCAAAAAAUGUUCUGCAACAUCUUCAAGUUAAUUCCCUACAGUUUUAGAGUAAGUUCUAGUUUAUGACCACAGAAGACAUGAAACAUUUGUCUGAUGCAACUGCCCAUGCUAUGCAAGUUGAUCAGAAAAGUAAAUGGUUGCUGAAGCUCUAUUAUUAGAUCCAAGGCUGACAGCACUUUUGUCAUAUGUGUUACAGUUUGCAAUUUUCUGAGCAUGUCAGAGAAAGCAAAAAACCCCAAACUGCAACAUUUUUAAGUAUGCAAGACUCUUGAUUUGAUUGGUAAUAAAUUAAUUUCCCCAAGUUGAGUCUGUUUUGUCCAUGACAGUAACUGGUGAGUGAAUUCUCCACAUCGUGACCAAUGAGCCUUUCCUUACAUUUUCUCUCCAGUGCUAAGCUGGGGAGUGUCGGAGGCGCUUUGUUGGGCAUCUGAUGUCCAGACAGGGUCAACCCUCCCCCACAGCUCUGAAUGUCUCUUCAGAGAAAUGUGUAUGAGUGCCAGUUUUGGUUUUUUAAUGUAACAACAGUGCUUUGGUUUAUUCUAAUAACAUUAGAUUUUUUUUUUUAUAUUCAUCAUAUGUGUCAGUUAUAUAUACCCCCCACAAAAGGGGGUUUUUGGUUUUUUUCAGAUAUUUGGUCUGGCACUGGUUUCAGUAUAAAGGCUGAGUGGAGCCCAUUUAAGUGUAACUAAUGAAAGUUAUUAUAUAUAAACAUGAUCUCAUCAGCAGCAAAACUGUAAAUACAAUGUAUAUAAAUUUUGUUGGGACAGUUUUCUUAAAGUUUAUUUUGAAUUUUUAAAAAAUUAUUUCAGGUAUUUUCUGAGUUUUUUUCAGAAGACCUAGAGUUGGCAUGAUUGCAUUGUGAAAGAAGCGCUGUUUACCUGUUGUGUCACGUACACUGAUAACCUAUCAGUUAUGCACUCUGUAAUGCUGCCAGGAGACACCACUGCCCUUACACAACUUUGAAGCAAAAGAAGACAAUUAAGAGCUACAGAGCUGUGGGACAAAAGCAGGUGUGCUACAGGUUCUCAGUCUUCAGAAGCAUUAUAAUAAUGUAGGGCAUUCAUUUUUUGGUGUUAGAGCUACUCACCAGAACUAACAUGAAAAACACACCAGUAUUUCAUAAAUCUAGGGGAAGCUUAAGGACACCUCUCCUGGGCAGGGAGGCAGGCGUGCGUGCAUUUUUUUAUGCUUUUGAAAAAGCAUUACAUAUGGUGCUUUAGAGAGAACCAAGACUAUUUUAACCUUCUGCCUGUUUAAAAGCAUCAACUCUCUUGAUUUUACUCCUUUUUGUAUUUUGAACUCACCUUUUUUCCAUAAACUUUUUGUAAUGAAACCGGUAUCUGUGCUGGAAGAUGGAUGAUAAAUAGUCUGCCCUUUCUGUAUAUUAUCAGUUGUUUCCUUAAGUUACAGGACAAGAUUUACAUGAAUUAAAAAUACAGCAGUCAGCAAAUGAACCUAUAAGAAACUCUUGAGUUUUCAUUGGAAUCAAAAGGGGUAUCGUGGCUUGUGGAAAAUUCAUGGGCCUAUAGAGCAGAUUCCAGAAUUCUGUUGCAUGAAAUGAACCAGGGAAGAACCACGGGUGUUACUGAGACUUGGAUUGAGCAAUGGUUUAGUGAUUACGUAGUGGGAGCUGAGAACUUCAGCUGGGUCCAUAGGUCAUGUAACAUUUAGAAAUUAGUGUAUGCAAAACUGGAGAAUUACAGUAAAAGCUAAGGAGGAUUAAAAGAGAAGGUAGGAGUCUGGCAGACUUAAUUAAGAUGACCAAGGCAAUACCAUCUCAAGAAAAAUAUGAAAGAAAAUAUGCAGUAUAGGUGUUGCUGUAUCACUAAGCAAAUACAACAUUUUACUCACAAGUUCACAAAUUAUUAACAUGAAGGAAGAGUAGUAUUUAUUGUAGACAUUUCUGUAUUAGUCUAAGUGACAAUAGGACAUAGCAAAGGAUGUCUUCCAAGCAGUAAAGUCAAUGGGUUUCCCUAGAAAAGAUCCAAGUAAUCUCCUUACUUCAAUGGUUUGCACUCCAACCUUGAAAAUACACUUUUAUAAAGCAGAGCUACCAAUUGUACGGGGAUAGAAUUAGUCACUGAAUAGAAAGAGCUGUGCAACAGCAGAACUCCCUUCAUUCUGCAUUAGUGUGUGCUGCAUUAGGCUUUGCUGUUGCAGGCAAGAGCUCCUACCCAUGUGACCAUACAGACAAGGGAGCCCUUUCUUCCACACAAGUCCUAUCUCAGAGGCAUAUAAGCUGCCAUUUGUUACCCCAGUCUUCACUGAACUGAAAGUAAACUAGCACAUCUGCACUGGAAAACUGUUCCCUGAUUUUUCAUAAAACAAACAGGCCCUUGUUCCUCAGGGGCUUGCCUGCUUUUGCAUUCCAUGAGCCCUCCCCAAAAGGGUGGUGUUAAGCACUGCAGUGCCAUCUGGAGUUGAUAAGGAAACCACUAUUGAUUUCAAUACUGGAAGGUACAUUCAGGCACUCUUACAUACGUGCUGUAAAAUCACAAAUUCAAGUUGUUAAAAAUGAACAUCCAUCUUCAGUUUGGAGAGAUGUGAGAAUGAAAGUAGUGAUGCAAAACAGAUAACAAAACAUUCGUUUUGGUGACAGUAUCAAGGCCAAUUCAUGGUCAAACCAUGAAAGCUAUAAAAUACAAAUUAUUUCAGGACAAUAUCUCUUCAAGACCUGAAUAGUCCCACAAGCUGGGAUUAUUCUGAGUCUUGUUGAGCUCUGCAAAAAUUCACGUGGCAUUUCCUUCACUACAAAAACUCAAUAGGAUUUUUCUUGCUGAAUUAAUCUGAAAUGCAGAUUUCUGCAAUUAAAGUUUGCAGAAAACUUAUAUAACAAGAUUCCCAUUUUCUCUCCUGCCUCUUAGAAAGCUGUUCUGACCUUAGUCUUUCCAGUAAUGCUUACUGUAUUAUUGAGGUGGCAAGAAAGAAGAUAGUAAAUAAAGGAGUGUCAUAAAAUCUUUUUCCUAAACAUGAUCUGCUGUCCUAAACUUGUAAAGCUUUUUUUGAGCUAUGCAUAGACAAAUGACAGAUUUGCAAAGCAACUAGGAAAUAUUGCUAAUAAUGUUUUACUUGCUAUUCAUUAAUAUAAUAGACACUGUUUGGGUUUGCUCAGGUUUUUUUUUUUUUUCCCCUGGGUAAAAAUGUGGUUUAAAUUCCUUUACGUAGAAGCAUAAGGGUGUGAACUUAGAGUUCUUACAUGUGCUGGCUGCUGCUGAAAUAAAUCCAGAUGACUCCCUUGAUUUCUUAGAAUCUCUAACUGAGGACAGUUUUAGGGAAAAGAACUUGUCCAUAAGCUGCACAGAAGUGCAUGCCAUGGUUCUCUGAGCACAGGACAGGGGACCUGAAUUAAGACCUGAAUCCUAAUCCUGGCCAUAAGACUGACCAGUGCUGUGACCUUGAACAAGUUGUACGUGGCUCCAUAAAAUGAUUGUAUCUCCACCAUCACAGGAUUUGGGGGAGGAUUAAUUUGUUCAUGUCUGCUUAGAAAGAUGAAAAGCAUUAAGUCCUUUCAGCUGCAGGUUUUACGGAGUCAGUCAACACUGUGAAUGUCAGAUAUGAAAUAGACAUGCCAGGAGCCAGACAAUGUGAAUAUUAAAGGUGACAUGUUUAAAGUCUUUUAUACCAAGGGAAGCUUUAAUUCUGACCCUUGCUGGCAUGCAGUUCUCUAACGUUCACAUCUGAGGACUUUUAGAGGUAUACACAGCAAAUCUCUAAUCCCUCAUGAUGAAAUUGAAGUUAUUGCAGCUGUUGUGUGCCAAAACAAAUCUGAAAUUAGUUAAAAAUUUUGGAGCAAAGGGAACUAGCACAUUAGCUGAUCUUACUUUCAGCUAUCUAAAAGAAAAUGUACUUUAUUUGACAGUUUGAAGCUUUGAGUAGGAAGCACUGGUACAUUUUGCAGAAAAAUAUUUCUUAAAAAAAUAUUACAAACCAUUGGUAUCUUUUCAGUAAAUAAAUUCAGUAACACGGCACAAAUUUAAACAAGAAAACAAAACCUCAGCAACUUCUACUUAGAAGCACUUCUACUCACCUUGCACUCCUUUCUCAGAACUGCUAAUUCACUCUGUAAGUAUCUGUGGGUGUUACCUUUAUAGUGAUUUCCUGCCAGGCAAGCUGCAGCCCAUUGAAUUCUGCCAUACAUGCAUCACUCCUUAACUUUGAUCCUUUCUUUGGUCUCUCACUUCACUUGCAGAAUAGAGCUUUGGUUCUAACCUUCAAAGCCACAUACGUAUCAUGUCUUGGCUAUAGCAGAGAUAGUAUCUCUUUCUCUCAGUAGGACUACUGCAUUCUUUUGAUCACUGAAUAUCAAAUGCCAACAGAAGUGUAAUAACUAGGAAGAAAACAUUUUCCAUUGAGAACAUCGACUGAAUAAUAAAGUGYCUCAUAGCAGCACUAGAAAAAAUGGCUUGGAUUUUUC